AAUUUUUAAUUUUAUUUUGUAAAAUGUCAUGUUCCUACUAGAUUGAAUUUGUAAUCAAAUAUAUACCAUUGUUAGCUGAAAAUGCCUUGUCUUGGAAACCUGAUUGAUGAACAGUUUGAUGGGAGAUGGGAGGUGGACUCCGAGGCUAGUGACAUGAAGUUUGAGCUUUGUGAGUCUCCAACCAAUUUUGAGUAUUGUCAUUCAGAUGGAUCUAAAAAUCUCAUUGAAAAGAUUAAAUCAAAAGUCCAAAAUGGGGACAGAUUCUAUUCGUUGGAGUUUUUUCCUCCUAGAACUCGAGAUGGAGCGGCCAAUCUUGUCAACAGGAUGGACCGCAUGAACAAAGGUAUCCCACUUUUUAUGGAUGUUACAUGGCAUGCAGGAAAGUCCUCUGCAUCUAGUGCAACUUGUAGUUCCAUGACUAUUGCCACCACUGCAGUCAACUAUUGUGGAAUUGAGAUUUUACUACAUGUGACUUGUGAUCGUCUGACUAAAAUGGAUCUGAAAGAAAUACUCACUGAUGCUUAUUCUCAAGGUAUAAGAAACAUCCUGGCUCUCUCAGGUGAUAGUAAUUCUGUUGAUAGUGAUUUUAGAUAUGCCUCCGAGUUUGUGACGUGGAUAAAAGCAGAAUUUGGGGAACUUUUCGUUAUUGCAGUGGCUGGUUAUCCGGAUGGUCAUCCAGAUUCAACAUACGAGGAGACCCUAGUUCAUCUCAAACAGAAAGUUGAUGCUGGGGCUGAUUUCAUCAUUUCUCAGCUUUUGUUUGAGUGUGAUAAGUAUGAAAGGUUUAUCAAUGAUUGCAGAAAGCAUAACAUAAACAUUCCAAUAAUAGCUGGGAUCCUGCCAAUCCAAAAUUAUGAUUCCCUGAGAAAACUGAAGAAGCUUGCCUGCAACGUUAUUGUCCCAAAGGACCUAGUAGAUAUGAUAGAGGAAAAAAAAGAUGAUGAUGAAGCAAUCAGGGAAAUAGGGGUUGAGUUCACCGUGAAACUGGUGGAACAACUUUUUGAAAAGGGCCUCACUGCAGGAAUCCAUAUCUACACCCUUAACAGAGAGAUCGGGCCAAACAAAAUUGUCAAAGAGCUCGGUUUAUACAGUAAAGAUAAAAGCAGAAGGUUCUUCCCAUGGCAAACCACAGCGAAUGAGGAUCGUCUGGUGACGGAGGAUGUGAGGCCAGUGUAUUGGGCUCAGAGGCCAAAGAGCUACAUUACCAGAACAAAAACAUGGGAUGAAUUUCCCAAUGGCAGAUGGGGAAAUUCUAGCAAUCCUGCAUUUGGUGACUUGGAAGAUUACCAUCCCUUCUAUAUGUCCAAAGCUGUCAAGAAAUCGAAAUUUCUUGAAAUGUGGGGUAAUGAUAUAAGGGAUAUCGAUGAUAUCAGAGAUGUUUUCAUGUCUUUCUUAGAUGGCACACCCAACAGACAAGGUUUUGAAGUGACGUCACUACCCUGGGUGGAUGAACAGUUGCAACCUGAAACUGUUCUAAUCAAGGAACAGAUCCUGAAACUGAACAGUAACUAUUUGUUCACCAUCAACUCUCAGCCCCCUGUGAAUUGUGCUAAGUCCAGUGACCAAACAUUUGGCUGGGGUCCAAAGAACGGUUACAUCUACCAGAAAUCAUACAUUGAAUUCUUUGCUCGAUCUGAUGAUGCAAAGAUGAUCAUCGAUAAAAUUGCUAAAUUCCCGUUACUCAGCUAUACCAUUUCGAACAAAGGAGGAACUGAUAGCUACACUAACUACAAGAAGAACUCCCCCAUUGCUCUGACAUGGGGUGUGUUCCCUGGCAGAGAGAUUGUUCAGCCCACUAUUGCAGACUACAAAACCUUCCUUAUAUGGAAGGACGAGGCCUUUGCUUUGUGGAUCGAAAAGUGGGGACAACUGUACGAAGGUCAAUCGAGGAGAGUGUUAGAAGAUAUAGUAGAUGAUCUCUACCUCAUAUGUCUUGUUGAUAACGACUUUGUGACAGGGACGACACUGUGGGAGUUUUUAGAGGAGGUUAUUGGAGGGAUUAAGCAAAACGAGACUGGAAAGUACAAAGGAAACUACAAUGGACAACUCAACGGAUGAUUAUAUUAAGUACAGAUUCUUACGAAAGGAAUAAACUUUAAAAUUGGACUUUUCAUAUUUGAUUAUAAAAUAUCGUUUACAGUAUUUUAAAAUUCAUGUUUCUCAACUCAUAUUCUUGAUCUACGCGAGUUGCAAUUCCCAUUGGAAUGUAAGAGAAACUGAGGUUUAUUUUGACUAAAUGUUCUAUUUAUGUAUAUCUUGUGUAACUUCCCUCUUUUAAGCUGAAUGCUAACGAAUAUAUACCUUUUUUACGUUACUUAUUAUUUGUUAAAUUACCGCCGCCUUGUUUUUUGUUGAUUACUGACACACAGUUUGUGUUUGCAUGGUUCAAUGGGCUGACAGAUACUUCUGAUAUUUGCCAUUUAACUUCAUUUUAGCAAAUAUCACUGUCAAUUGAACACAUUGGACAGGUCCAUUGCAUUGGUUUGGAAUUAAAUUCAGUUUUUAAGUUUUUGAGUUAUUUAAAACCAAAAGAUGCACUUAUUUUAAACAUUGCAGAGCUGUUUCACUGAAGUAAGUCUGGGAAGAGUGCGAUUGAAUUAAACAGAUGUUAAUUACUGUUUGCUUUUCCAUUAUAUGACAUAUUGUCUCCGAAAUCAUGGUUAAUUACUGUUUGUUUUGCUAAUAAAUGACAUAUUGUCUCUGAAUUCGUGGUUAAUUACUGUUUGAUGUGCUAAUAAAUGACAUGUUGAAACAUGAAAUCAUUCAUAAACUGGUUCAUUAAUUUAUCAUUUCCAACAAAUAUUACUCGAAAUUGGAAUAAAGUUUAAUUCUGAAUUACUGAUUUUAACCGGAAGUUUAAAUUAUGAGCACAGGUUUCAACUAGAUAUGACUUGAGAUAGAGCUGCAUAGUGAACUCUAUGACUGUUAAAUGUCACGUUAUCUGUGUAUAGUUAUAUUAUUCUGUUAAAAAACUAAAAAUAAUCGUGGAUAUGAAGAUACAAGAAAAAUGUUAUACCCAUUGUUGUUAUCGAUGGGGAGGUGAUUUAAUAGCCCUGCAUGAGAGAAUGGUCUGUACUGCUUAAACAGCGUUUUUGUUGAAGAGAUAUUAAAUCGUCACCUCCUCACCAGUCACCAGUAGUGGUCUCUAAGAAAAGUACGUAUUUGGAAAGUUGGCAGUGUAAUUUCUCACGGGAUUUGCAUUUUAGAGUAUCGAAUUUCAUCAAUUGAACGGACCACAAAGCUUGUAUUUCACAUCAUUUCCACAAAAUUAUUUUUAUCCGCUUUCAA